AUGUGCGCGUGCACCGCAUUAGACACAUCGGCGGCAAGAAGUAAAACAACAACAUUACUCGUGAAACAAUUAUCGCGUUUUAUUUUGAAUAUUUCUAUUUUGUUCACGGUUUUCAUUUAUGUUGUUGGCGAAGAAGCAGUGCUGGUGCCAGAUGGCAUUGAGGCACGUGAAGCGGUGUCGACAACCGAUGGUCCUCCGUGCUCCAUUGAUGUUCAAAAAGAUUUGCCUAAGGCCAACCUACCUCAACCGCUAUACUUGAGACCGAACUCAUCGAAAUAUUGGUUACCAAACGCCGAUGGCUUCCUACAGAUACCACGCGGCCAAAUAAUAGAGCUUACGUGUACCGGCCCUUUUGCGAAUGCUUCUAGGGAGGAUAGGCCACGAAACACAAGCAAACAACAGCGCACACAAAGUAUUUUUCCUCGCUGCUUGAAAGGCACUACUUUCCUGCUGAACGAUACCAAAUAUGAAUUUCGUGACUUUGUUUGCGCGCGGACGGUCAAAUUGAGCGUCAAACGUACACCACAGCCCUGCGCCAAUAAUACCGCCCAGCUAUAUCGCAUUGGCUACAAUCUGACGAGGGACCGUUUUAUUGAAACUAUGCAGGCUUGUUACAAUGUUUAUGAACUCCGUACAUCCCACGUCUGCUACACGCUCGGCCCUGCUAACGCGCAUUUUCAGCGCGGUGUGAAGCGUUGGAGCUUUUGGAAACCUGAUUUUUACGGCUCAGUUGAUAUGAAUUUCCUUUAUAUUCGGAAGAAUCAGCUCUUACAGGCCGCAAAAUUGUUAGGCAGUGACGAAGAGGCACUGCAAUAUUUCAAUGGGAGGUCAAACUUAUUUUCACGUGGACACCAUGCUGCCAAAGCAGAUAUGAUCUAUGCGUCGCAACAGCGUAGCACGUUCACUUUUCCAAAUGUGUCACCGCAAUGGCAACAAUUUAAUGGCGGCUCAUGGGCAUUGACGGAGGACAAAGUGCGUUCGUAUGUGGUCAAGGAGAAACUGGAAGUGAUUUGUUGCACCGGUACGUUGGGGGUAAUGGACUUCUUUGUGGGAAAUGUGAGUCGGCCAUUCUACUUGACCUACGAUGAGAACAAUAACGGUAGACACCCAGUGCCGAAGCUAUUUUUUCGCACCAUUUCUGUUGUUGGCAGCGCCAAAGGCAUCGUGAUUCUGGGCGUAAAUGUGCCAUAUGUAACCAUGGAUGAAAUACGGGAAAAUUAUAUUAUUUGUGAAGAUGUGAAAGACCAGGUGCCCUGGUUGAGCUGGAUGCAGAAUAGUGGGAAGAAAUUGAAGCAAGGUUACUUGUAUGCGUGCCGAGUGGAUGAGUUCGUGAAGGCGGUGCCCUCUUUGGCAGAGUUGUUUCCUAAUGUGACAGAGUUGCUGGUAUAGAAUUGAGAUGAAAUGAAUUGAUGAGUUGAAU